GACAAAGAACAACGAAACAACCAACUAAACUUUGGACAAAAAGUGUUGCAAACAAUAAUAAGAAAAAUCUCCCUUUAUUUUAAAGACUCAAAAACAAUUGAGGAGGGCAACACAUCACAGCAAGCAAGAGAGCAUCAUUUUCAAGAGAAUCUCGGAAGACCACACACAUUCAUAUAUAAUUAUAUACUCGUACAGUAUUUGGUUUCAACAAUGAGAGAGCAAACGACUAAUAUUAAAGAUACAACUGCUGAUGGUGGCAUGACCAAAACGAUAAAGUAUUAUACAGAUGGAGAAGCUCGAGAGCAAGAGGGGAUAACAGAAACUAGAAUGAAACCAUUCACCUUAUGCAUAUUAAAUAUAUAA